AUGGCGUCGACGCGUCAGCACCCGUUUGUGCAGAUUUAUCAAGAUCCAAUGCCGAUUCCCUCAAACAAUAUCUCACAUAUCAACCGACCUCGACCGCGUCUGCAACCUUCAGCCAUGCCUCUGCAGCCACUCAGAAACCCCCCGGCUCCUCACCAACGCCCAGAGGUCAUCCUCAAUGCUCCAAUGGCACCCGGCCAACAGAUGUCGCCUCUCAAGAGCACACCGUUAUCCCCUGCACCACCCUACUUUGGAGAUCUGAACUAUGUUCCCAUCCCUCCGCCUGUGACGGUUAACCAUAUCUACACUGACUCGCCGGCGAAGAGACACGCGCUUCCGAGCAGCCAGCAAUAUCGUCCCGUUCAAAUGGCGCAGCCAAUGUUCACUACCUUCGAUAUAAAACUCGACACAUAUGACCAAGAAAAUUUCGGUGUCACAACUACGCAAGAUAACUUUGUUGACUUCCCAGAACCCUCAUACGUACGAAAGCAGCCUCUUAAGCGAUCAUACUCAGAAGCGCAGAUGACGAACGAUCGUCCUUUCAAGAAGCCUCGACCGGACGAUGAAUCCGUCUUCCAACUACCUGACCCGGAAGAUAUGCCUCCGGUAGAGGAUGACGGGAACAAGCCUGCUUACAGCUAUGCUCAGAUGAUCGGAAUGGCUAUCCUUAGAGCACCAAAUCGGCGGCUGACUCUGGCACAAAUCUAUGACUGGAUCUCAACUACCUUCGCCUAUUACCGCGAAGACACCAAGCAAAGCUGGCACAACAGUAUCAGGCAUAACCUAUCCUUGCACAAAGCUUUUACUAAACAAGAGAGGCCCAAGGGAGAUGCUGGGAAGGGAAGCUAUUGGGUCAUUGAGCCGGGAAUGGAGUCGCAGUUCGUCAAAGACAAAAGUCGGAGAGGAACCAACAUUACCCACAUGACCAUCAAUGCCAAUGUGAUGCGUUCUGAGCCUCAGAAGAUUGCUCAACAGCUCUCGGAUGCGUUGGCGCCGAAUCCCUUCCUUGGUCAAUCUAGCGAACCCCCUCGACCUCAGACCGCUCCUGCUCUUCCAGAACUCUCAUCAGAUGCUACUCUACCUGCCUCAGACCCCGCUUUGAACGAGCACGAGACCGCGGAGUUUGAUGACAGUGGCGUGGCCACAGCUGCAAAGUCGUCUCCUCCGGAUGCCAUCAAUUCAUCACCGCCCGUAGUUGUACCGCAUCAUCAGCGAGCUAUUUCUUCCCCCUCUGCACGGCAGUCACGCCCAUCUGUAUCUCAUCGACAGAACCCAAGUCUUACCAAGAACGACGACAGCGGAUACUUUUCAUCCAUUGAGUCGUCUGCGCUGCGGCCAAACAAGAAUGCCGUGAUGCUCACCUCGGAGCUGGACAUCGAGCCUAUGAGGAAGAAGAGAGGUCGUGCCGAAGAGGAGAUUGUGCGAAUCAGAAGCUCUUCGCAUGAUCUAACUCCAAGCCAUGCGAGAUUCCGGCCAUCAACGACGGAAGGGGCGCAAUUGUCGUCUCCCGUCCGCGUCAGCCCAACGAUCGCUCAGAAUCCGAUGACUCCAGCUGUUGUCUUCAAGAAACCCGCUCGCCCUCCCCCUUCAGUCUCUCCAAACACACAGCUUCUCCUACAUCGCAAAGCGAUGCGCGAGUUUGCAAACUCACCCAUUAAAAGCUCUGGGCUCUUUUUGUUGGAAGAGGCAACGUACAGUCCCCUCAGAUGGACGAGCAUCCCAGCGUCUUCUACCUUCCCUGAGGAACAAUCUUUCGAGAUAUUUUCUGAUUCUGUCCUUGGUCUCACUCCGGGCACGCCGAUAUGUGCGUCGUCACCCUUGAAAGGAUCUGUCUCUCGCCCAACGUAUGGUCGCUCAGCCACCUCUACCAAUAUUCUUACCGACGUGCUUGGCAGUGCUCAGAAGCUCAACACAAAGACGCCAACCCGUGGUUCUCUUCUACCUCCACGCGUGCGGGCCACACAAACCGGCUCGCCAUUGAAAGCCUCAACUACACAUGGCUCCCUCUUCGAUGCACAAGAUGAUCUGUUUGAUUUCAAGUCGUUCGAGAACGACAACUCCGAUGACAACGAUGAAGGUGUCGAUAUUCUUCAAGGAUUUGAGAAAAUUGGUGGCACAUCGGCGCAAGCCAAUGCCACCACAUCAACUGACCAUGCACGUCGACCGUCCUUGGGUCGCAGCUUUACUUCACGCUUCUGA